CUCAUUUAAAAAUACUAUAUAUCUACACAAUUAUAAACAUAUUUAUGUGUGCUCACGUGCCGUUAUCACAAUAGAAAAAACCAAGUAAACAAAACUCAGUCUUUUAAAUAGCCAGUUAGUGAGCUUGCAACAGAUACACCAUCGACCUUGACAAUGCUGAAUGUGUGUGUAUCUGACUUUAUUAUAAAAUAUGUAGUUCUAUUUGUUGUGUCACUAUUUAUCUUGGUUUCCAAGUUUUUGUGUGUAUAUUUGUAAUUGUGCAUAUAUGUGUACGUAUAUAAAUGUUUACCUUCUGUGAGCACUUAUCUAUGAGUAUGAAAUAUCUUGAAAAUUCUUAAAAACGACUCAUACUACAGAAGUAUUAAAAAUUAUUAAGUGUUGUGGUAUAUUUCUUGGCAGGAACGGACAUUUGUUUCUCUACAAUUGAUAUUACAGUGUAUAAUAGACAAAUACACAUUUUGUGCAUUAUAUCUCAGUCUAUAACAUAAACGUAUAUACAUAUACUGAAUAUAAUACCAUUUAAAUAUUGAUAAACUGGACUAUUAUUUAUUCGAUAUAUUGUAAAACAUUCAUUAUACUAUUCAAUAUUCAACGAACUAAUUCAAUUUUCAAGAAAAUCAUCUCAUCAUGGAUGAAUCUUUUGAUGAUCAGGUAACUGAUUAUUUUGCAGAUAGUUUCAUUCCAUAUCUCAACUGAACUCAGUAACAGAACUUUUCAGAAACAAGUAUUGGUUAUAAGCUAUUCAAUUCAUGUUUAUGAUUGUUCUUUAAUGUUAAAUCAUAAUAUCUGGAGUAAAUUAAUCAAAGUGAUUCAAUUCAUUGUAUGACAGAUCUAGUUUUAAUAUCUAAAUUUCCAGUUGCUUUACCGCUGCACACAUUUUUCCAAUUACCGCAAGAUCAUUAUGAUAACAUAUAUUCAUCUGUUACUAACAUUGCUUGUCUGAUUUUUUGUUAUAUUUGAUUUAUAAAUGAAGUGAUAUGCUGUUUGCUCAGACGGAAAUCGAUAGAAAGGCUUUCCAACUUCUAUUCUAAGAAUGAAAUGUUGAGUUAAAAUAAUCACUUCGAUAUCAUACCUAAUAAAUAAAUCUAUGCGAUGUUCUUGAGUGAUUUAUUGAAAAUAACUAUAACACUAGGUUGUUCUCACCAGAAGAGCCAUUUUCACAACUUCGGGGUGAGACAAAUAUCAACAUUUGUACUGAAUAAGUUUCCUUAUAUUGGCAAGUGAUCGGAGUUGGAAGUGAUACAGAAUUCACGUAUGAAAUACCGGAUUGUUUAAUGGAUGGAGACUAUAUUGAAAUUCAUGGAGUUUGUCAUGGUAAACGAAUAGUUUUUGAAUUAUUAACAGAAGAAGCAUCUACUCAAAAUAUAUUUGAUAAAUUACCUCUACAAAUCAUUUUAACAACAGAUGGCUUAGUAACUGUAAUUAGUCGUAAUCCAGAAAAGGUAGCAAAACAAGAACGUUCUGUGGAAAAUGGCAUACAAAUUGAUAAAGCUUUCGAAUUAUGCGUACAUGCUUAUAAGAAAUGUUAUGUUGUUAAAUUAAACGGGGAGGAUGUUUGUGGUCAAGAUCAUCUUGUACCAUUGAAUGAAGCGUUUGCUUUAUCAAUGCAAGGAAAAGUUGAUAUAUUAUCUCUUGAAUUUAAAGACAUGUAUUAUGAUGAAGAGGAAAUGAAUAAUAAUACAAACAUGUCUUCUGCUAAUAAUAACAGUAAUAGCAUUAGAAUGGAUGAUGCACAAGCAGGCUUUGUACGUGUCAAUGAGUUAAGACAAAGUUCCAUACGCAGAAAUGAUCCGCCAGUGAUGGUACCAACAAGAACAGGUUCCAAAUUGGAGAAACAAUCAAUAAAAAGUAAAGAUAGUAAUCUAGAAGUUACUGCUUGGAAAACGUCAAAUGAUUUAUCUAGAGCAUAUUUAGACGUUGAUUACAAAGUAUCUACAUUAGAUCGAAAUUCUGCAGCCCAUUCAUAUCGUAAUAGUAUUGAUUUUAGUCACAAUUCAGACACAAGAAUCUCUGGAACAUUACCACCUCUAGGCAAGUCAGCUAAUGACAGAGUAUCAGAUUACGUAAUGGGAAGUCGAGGUAACCUUAAUACAAAUGAUGCGUCACAUACAAAACCGAAAACAUCUAUUUUUGGUUCUCGGAAGUCUGCUACCUUAAGUAAUAGUAAAAUUGAACAACGUUUUAACGAAGGCAGAAGUCAGACAGAUGCAGGCGAUUUACACCAUGGAAGCUAUUCUGUAUUGGAUGACGAAGAUCAUAUAGGAUCUCAACUUUCUGCUACAACAUCAACACCUAACUUGCAAGACAAACAUAAGAAAAAACGAUUCAGUUUACUUGGAAAGAACAGAAAAUCAACAGGCUCCGAGUCAGAUGUACGUAAUGACUCUAAGAAAUCCAAAGGAUCUACUCCAGACAUAAGCUUGAAAGAUGGAGAAGGCGAGAAAAAGAAGAAGGGUUUACAUUUAAAAAAUCCUUUUAAACGUUCGAAAACUAAAGAUCAAACACCUUCAGUAUCAUCAGAUCUUGCUUUUACUAGGAACACUAUACAUCCGGCAAUUAAUGUAGCUGUCACUGAACGAUUACCAAAAGAGAUGUCUAAAAAACCAGCACCUGAAAUUGCAGCUUAUCUUCACAAAUCCAAUCCAUCAGCUGAUUUUGAUAUAGUUAAUUUAACUGGUCGUGAAAUAUUGAGUGAAGAUACUCAUUUCGCACCUUUUGAUAGGAAACAUUAUGAUGGAUAUGAAAAUGUUGGUAGUUCUUAUGAUCCAUCUAAACACAAGACGUUGAGUGACUCAAGAAAAUCCAUCGAGAUUUCAUCUCUAAGUGAUUUGCACUCACAAGGUAAACUUAAAGGACCAGCCGCGGAAUUAGCAGCUUUAAUUCACUCGAAGCAUCCUACUUCAAAUCCAGAAGAUAUAACCAUUGCUCAAGGUUCUGGCUCACAUAUAAGACCAUUUACACCAACAGAUCAUUCACCGAAGCAAUCAAGACAUCAUAAUGAACCUCCCUCUGAUAUUGCAAAUUUAAAAUUAAAAGGUACAGCUCCUGAAAUAGCGGCAAUAAUAAACUCGAGAACUAAAAGUCCCAACCAUGAAGAUAUAACUCUUACUCAGAGGUGUGAUCAAAACUUCCAUCCGUAUCCUACAGUAGAUACAUCAGGAAAAAAACCUUUUAAGCCCAGUGGAAGUGCAUCAGAGAUAGCUGCCGAUAUACACAAAAAUAAUUUAGCAGAUCAUCUACCCUAUACAGAUUAUACCCUAACUGGUACUAAUACCAAUGAAAUACAAAGAACAAAAUAUGUACUGAAAGAAAAAGUGCAAUCUACACGUAAAGCUCUUUCUUUAAGUGAACAUAUAUCAGAUGGUGAUGAAACAGAGAGUGGAGGCAGUGAAGUGUAUACUGACAAUGAAUGUUACUUAGAAGUAGGUAAAAGUCAAUAUUAUUUUGAUCGUAAACGUUCUCUGAGAAAUUAUCGUUCUAAACGAUCAACGAAAUUGGAACGUGAAGCUAGACGUAAUAUGGGAUUACAUAGAAAUGACAGUCAAGAAUCAGUCAGCAGCAGUAUCUCAUCGCUUAAACCAACUGAUCGAAAAUUGACCCCAAAAUAUAGAAAACGUCCAGGUACUAAAAAGGAAGAAGUCUCAUCUUGGUUGAACAGCUCUAAUUCACCCUAUAAUCCAAUCCGUAUAGAUGGGAAUGUAUAUCCAAAUUAUACAUCAAAUGUUUACGCUUCAGCUCCUAUUGUUCAUAAACAUUUAAUUCAAAACUAUUUAUUAAAAGAUAUUAUUCAGUCAAUAAAAUGUGAUAGCAGUAUGGAUUUACCACAUCCUCUAACAACUGGAAGAAGUGCAUUAGUUUAUGGUCAUUUCAAGUACAAUUCAGCUGCACGCCAAUCCUGUUUAAUAAAACUUGAGUUUAACACCUGUGAAGAAGCUAAUGAAUGUGAAACACUUUAUCUUCAAUUAUGGUCUGAUGGUGCCCUAGAUAUUUUGAAUAGUCAAUUCAUUAAUAGCAAAAUUCUAUACAGUUCUUCAAAUGAUAUUCAAUAUUUAACACUAAAAAAUAAUGAAUUUUGCAAUAAUGAUAAGCAACAAGUAAAUUUCACUCUGAAAUUCAUAUCUCAAAGCUUCUAUACUGCUAUUACUUCAAAUGAUCUAUUUACAUUAAUAUUGAAUAAUCAAUUCUUGAAAUCUACUAAUUAUCACUUGAAAUCAUUUAAACUUGAAGAUUCAACAAAUGCCGAGUUGGAUAAACUUUUUAUGCCAAGGAACUUAUGUUUACCACUUAUUCUUCAUAUGAAAGAUGAAUCCCGUCAAACAAACACAUUAAAUCUUUUAACAAAACUAACUGCUGAUACCAAAAGAGUCAUCAUCGAAUAUGUUUAUAAACCUAUCAGUAGCUCUGAAUUUGUCUCAAUGCAAAUCCUACUGAAUUUUGAAACAGGUAACUUAAUAAUACAAGAGAUUGCAAAAGAAACAAAUAAUAUUCAAUAUGCUGAAAAAGAGAUAACAUAUAUUCCUGAACAGAUAUGUAAAAUGAAAUUCAGUUGGUACAAUAACACACUAAAGGUACUUCUUAAUAGUGACGAAUCAAUGAUGUACAAUUUUGAACAGUAUUAUCCUCUUCAAUUCUUAUCACAUAUUCGAAUCAAUGGAGAUUUCAUGCUUUUAAAUGCAGAACUUCAAUCGGAUGAAUAAUAUAAUUUAUUUAGCCAGGGUAUUUACAAUACAUAUAUGUCUCCUAGCAAAAAUGAAUACAAAUACGAUAUACAUAUACAUUGGAUGAUUCGUGACGUUUUAACCAUGACUGAUACAAGUGACAUCAUAAAAAAAAUUAAGUGUAUUUUCCUUAUUCAUUAAUUACUCUACUCCACUUUAUUUUCUUUUCGAAUAUUUCAAAAUAAAAUUUGUUAAACAUUAUUUUAUAGUUAAAGUAUUCUCUUAUUAAUGUGUGUUUAUUAAUAUACAAAUGUGUCUUAUUCAUUAUUCUUUUUAUUUCACUAUUAUUAUUAUUACGUUUAAUGACAAUACACUCAAACUCUUAAUUUCUAGAAGGUUCCUGUUUUCUUUUUUUUUCUUCAUUGAAAUCCAUAUGAUUUUUCAUUAUCAUUUUAUUCAGUAAAUUUAUUCUAUAUAAAUUUAUAUCUUGAAUAUAUACUGAUUUAUCAUAUUAUUCAAUCUAUAUUAUGAUUGGUUUAAAAGUAAUAUUGUAAAAGAUCUGUUCAGUAUUGUAUCGUAUUCAUAGUUGACCGGUAUUACCUAUACAUUUUACUAGUUGUAUUCAUUCAAUAAAUAAAGUAAUUAGAAGUAAUUAGAAGAUAAUAAUAAUAAUAAUAAUAAUAAUAAUAAUGACGAGCUUUAUUUAGUAUAGUUUAAAUGUUUUCGGUUAUUUUAUUAUUAUAGUUGUAGGUAAACAUUUUUUUUUAAAAAAAUCGUUUUGUUUUCUUCUAAUUAACGUUGCUUUCUAUUGUUAAUGAUUUAAGUUUCUUUUCAUUGUUUCCCACUUUAAAUUUCGAUUCAUGAUUGUUUUAAUUUUCACUAUUUGUGAAAUGAGUAAAUAACAUUUUACCCAUUUAAAAAUACAACAAUAGAAUGUGAAGAACACAGUAGUUGUUAUGCAAAACGAAAAUAAAUUUUCAAGAAAAUAAUAAUCAUAAUAAUGAGUACUUAGAUAUAAUUUGGAAAGAAUGUUUUUGGGACAGUUAGCAACUGUGAAAAAAAUCAAGAUAAUAACACUUCUAAAUAUUCUCCAUUUAACUAAAAAUAUUGAAAACUGGUCAUAUUUAAUCUGAUUUAUACAAGAAUUUAUUGAACAGUCAAUGUGUCUGUAUGAAUAGUUAAUAUCGGUAUGAAAUUGGUUUGUGUUGAAUUACUAUUUCUAUGUUGAUUAAUUUGUGUUGAUGUAUUAUAAUCAGCUAGCAAUUAUAUUGUAGCACUUCUAUUUCUAUUGUAUUUUAUUCGAAAAACAAAAAUUCAUAAAAUAUAUUUAUAGAUAGAAUCAUCAAUGUAUUUCUUUUCAUUUUUAAUCAUUAAAAAGGUUUACACAUUAAGUGAAAUAUCUUGAUGAUAAAUGAUGAUUGUAAAAUUUAUUAGUUGACCUAUGAAAAUAUUUAUUGUCGGAAGUGAUCUAGAAUGUACAGAUUACUUAAUUUAAUCAUAAACUCACAAAUCGAUAUGAAGAUAGAUCAUCAGAUCCUUCAUUCCUUGAUGUUGUUUGAGAUUAAUGCUUUCCAAACAGAAACCAUACUUACUCGAACCAAGUGAAGUUAUGAAAAAAUACCAUGCUACGAAUGAUCAUGAAUAUGUUAUGUUAAACUACUUGAUGAUCAUUAUCAAAAUGAUUUUAUUGACAAAUAUCAUAGGGACAGAAAUAAGAACUCUGAGUUAAAUUAAUUUUUUUACAUGGAUUUAAAUUAUAUUUUGGUAAUUCAAUGAGAAGACGUUUAUCAGAAUUCUGUGAUAUAUUCGCGUAAUACAUUUGGAACAAUUUGGGUAGACAGACACAAUCCUCCGUUGAGAAACAUUUGGUUGAGACUGGUCAUUAGGUUGGCAUCAAGUCAGCAUGUGUAGUUUUACACAAACGUUUUAAAGGACGUAUACUAAAGUGUAUUGAAGCCUUGGCUAUACGAAAAUUGAAACCCCCUUUGUGCGUCCAAACACAAUUUAUCCUUACACUUAACCUACCCUAGUAGUACUGAUUUAUUAUUCAGAGUGGUAAUCACAUGGCUUUUGUAUACUUUAUUAUUUUUUCUUUGUUACGGCUUAUCUUUAACUUGUCCAGUCGACUUUUUAAUUUUCAUUUAUAAAUGUUCUUAACAAGUAUAUGUGUGAUCAGAUUGUUCGAAAUGUA